AUGACUGUCAAUGGAGAGUCUGCCUCGCUCAUCGCACGUUUGCAGCAUCUUGCUUCAAGGCUCAGUAACGAGACAGAUAGGAAGGCAAAAAUAGAGUGUUUACAGCUCAGUAAAGCUCUCACUGCCCAGCUAGAGCAGCCGGAGAACGUAGCAGUCAACAUGAUCUUCUCGGCUAUGAUUGCUGCUACCGUCAGAAUUGCCGUAGACUUAAAAUCUAUUCUCACACAUAAUUAA